AUCUGUCCACAAAUAGAACUGUCAUUGAAACGAGUUUUUUUAGUUUAUUUAUUUGUAAUGAAAUCUUUGAGAUAGCAAACUACUAAAAGUUUAUAAAUUAAUGCAUUUAAUGUGAGUACAAGUAGUAAAGUAAUUGCCAACAAAAUGUCCACGAACAUUUUUGAGAAAUGUUCAAACAAAGAAGGAUCUCGUCCGUACAAAUGUCGCGACUAUGCUAAUAAAAUUUCAUUAAAUUUAAGUAAUUUUCAAAGAGACGGCAGAUUUUGUGACAUAGAUUUAAUAUCAGGGAAAACCAGGGUUAAGGCUCACCGGGUUGUACUUGCAGCUAGCUGUGCAUACUUUGAUGCUAUGUUCAAUGUGGGCUUGGAGGAGAGUCAAAAAAGACAUGUAGCUCUACCUAGUGUGCCUCCAGAAAUUCUUCCAAUUAUUAUUGACUUUAUAUAUACAGGUGAAGUAGUAAUAGACAAAGCUACAGUGCAGCAUUUGUUGAUUGCGGCAGACAUGCUGCAACUGAGGGAACUGGUUACAGGCUGUGGUGAAUUUCUAAGGAGAGAACUGCAUCCUUCAAAUGCCUUAGGGAUCUUUAGAUUUGCCGAAGCACAUAACUGCAUGGAACUUGCAGAGGAAGCAUUAGAACAUGCCCAAGUAAACUGGAAUGUUGUGGCUAGCGGAGAUGAGUUACUGGAUUUACCAUUACCACAGUUAGUCACUUUACUGUCGUCUGAGCAGCUAAAGGUGGAAAGUGAGGCACAGGUACUAUAUCCAGCGUUAAGAUGGCUGGAGCACGACCCCGCCGGCCGCCGCCGUCAUUGUUUCGAAGUCCUCAGCCACAUCCGCCUUCCGCUUAUAGCUCCCCAAAUUCUCGAAGAAGCCAUUAAAAAUGUACAAGACCCGUCGAUCGCUGUGGCAUUGAAGACGGUUAGAGUAGACAUGAAAACGGGUCGCGGCGCACUAGUAGCGCUAGCGGCAGAGCCUCGGGCGCGCGCGCGGCGCUAUCUACUGGUAGCUGGCGGCUCCUGCCACGACUCCAAAGCGCACCCGCCGCUUUCCACCGACAACAUCCUGUCCUCCGUGCUCAAGUUCGACUUGCACAAGAGAGAAUGGGAAGAGCAGGCGCCGAUGGGCAUAGCUCGCAUUCAGCCGGGCGUGGCCACGCUGGGCGGGCGCGUGUACGCCGUCGGCGGCGAGCAGGGCAGCCAGAUACUGGCCAACGGCGAGGUCUAUGACCCCACGACGAACAAAUGGUCCAACAUAGCUCCCAUGAAGGAAGCCCGCAGCGAGUUCGGUCUGACGGGCAUGAACGGGCACCUGUACGCGUUCGGCGGCUGGGUGGGCUCGGACAUGGGCGCCUCCGUCGAGGUGUACGACCCCGCCGCCGACGAGUGGACCGGCGCCGGCCGCAUGCCCGAGCCCAGGUUCGGGAUGGGAGUCGUGCACUAUGAAGGUCUGAUCUACGUAGUGGGUGGGUGCACGCACAGCUGGCGGCACACGCGCGACCUGCUGUGCUACCACCCCGCGUCGCGCUCGUGGCAGGCGCUGGCGCCCAUGCGCCGCGAGCGCAGCCAGGCCGCCGCCGUCGUGCUCGGCCACCAUCUCUACGUCAUCGGCGGCAACGCGCCCCGCCAGCAGGUGCUCACCUCUGUGGAGCGGUACAGCUUCGACGACGACUCGUGGGAAGAAGUAUGCAGCCUGUCGGAAGCUCGCGCGGGCUGCGCGGCGGGCGCGGCGGAGGGCGUGCUGGUGGUGGCGGGCGGCGACAGCGAGAGCGGCGGCCAGCGCGCCUUCUACCGCGCGCGGCCCACGCUGGCCAGCGUGGAGCUGUACGACCCGCGCGACGACCGCUGGCGCGCCGCGCCGCCGCUGCCGCACUCGCGCGCCGAGGCCGGCGCCGCCCUGCUCUGACGAACACCCGCGCCGACAUAACGCGCCCGCGCCCGCGUCCGCGUCCGCCCGGGUACCGACACGCUGCAACUGAUUAUAUUGCCGGGGAGGCAAACGAGCAGACAGGUCGCCUGAUGGCAAGCGAUCACCGCCGCCCAUGGACACCCGAAAUAUGUUAUGGUUUAAAUUUCAAUAAGUUAAUUAAUCGCUACUGCUAUUGCAGACUGCUUUGAUUAUAAUCAUUUGGUUAAUACAUGUAUAACGUAAUUAUAUAUACCUUAAUAUAUCGACUAUGAUUGUUUUAUGGAUAAAUAUUUUAUUCCAGACAAGAAGCGAGUAAAAGUCAGUAAUGUCAGCAUGGUCUCGUGUUAUGAUACUUAUGACAUAAAUACAAAACAAUACAUACAUACAUACUCGUAUUGUAAACGUGAGUAGGUAACCUCAAACUAAGCGAGGAUUAACACAAAAUGUAUACCUAAGAUUUAUUUUAAGAAUUAAAAUAUGAAAGCAUACAAACGUAAUGUAAGAAUAUUACAGGACUUAGUUGAUUUUAGUUAUUAGAAAGUAUAUUAUAAUCAAUUAUUGAAUCUAUUAAUGUGUUAUGUGAGUUAUGUCGUUAAGUAUGUAGGACUUCCAAUAUUAUUAAUGCUGAGGUAAAUAAUAAAGUAACACGUAUUCGUGGAUUAAACUCUGAUAAUGAUAUUUGCUUAAUGUGCAGAUUUCUAUUUACUAUUGUGUUUCGCAUUAUCAAAUAUUUGUACAAUAGUAUUUCUUUUUAUUAAAAUAUAAGUAAUAUGAUCAGCUCUUUGCCGCUAAAGUUAAAAGGUCUGUUAUUUGCAUGUUUGUAUGACGAAAAACUUAAACCGGGUGAUAUUAAAUUAAUAAGAAUCAAUAGAUUAAGUAAUAAAAUAUUUUUACAAAAAAUGUGUUUUUUUUUAUUAUUAUUUUAUUCCAAUAAUGUGCUUUACAUUUUUAUUUUACAAAUGUAGUGUAAAUCUGUAGGAUACCUACUUGAAAUACGGAUUUUGUAAUAGAAUAUCAUAUGAGGAGAGUGGAGACAAAUACUAUUGAUUCGGUCAACAACACCUUAUUUUAUUUCAUUUCACCUCAUUUCAGCGAAUGAGCUGCAAACGACCUUUCUCAUCAGUGGCUGAAAUAAAUCGUGAUUCCCUUCGACUUACCGACGUAAGACGGAAAUUAGUUAGGGACGGAAGUAAUAAAUCAAUACCACAUCUUACACAGAUGGACUAAGCGCAUGAAUGCUUGUAUUGUGGGUACCUACUACUUACUCAGAUAAAUACAUUUAAUAUACAAACACUAGGUACGGCCGGAGAACGCAACUAUAUUUGAAGACGCUAUCGUAAACAAAUAAAUAGACAAUAGAGGCGUGUUCAGAUAUUUGUGA